UCCCAUCCAGCCUGUCCCAGGAGCCCUGGCCUCAUCCUCUUCAGCAACAGGCUUCUCUGCCUCACAGGAAAUGCUCUUUCUCUAAUUGCCAUUGAAACUCACAGCCCUCCCUUUUCCUGUAGGUGGGGUUUCCAUAGGAAAAAGCUGCUUCUCUGUUUCCCCAGCUUAGUUACUGUUUGGAAGUCAGAUCCCUACAUCCCCCGCUUUACUAGGUCAAGUCUCUCUCAGACCGGUUCCUGCCCAUCACUGCUAAGUGGACCAGCUGGUGCGGCUGCGGAGCAGGAAUCUCCUCUAGCACUUCAUCCGUUUGGAGACUUCUCGGAUAACUUUCCACAGAGAUGGCCUUGCUUGGGAAUCCUGCUUCUUCCAGCAUCUUCUAAUUAUGGGACAAAGUUGUACCAGCAGGUCUGAAGCGGGAGAUCCAGGCUGAUUGAGCCGUUCAGGAGCCAUUGGGGGACGUGUCCGGCCUUUGAAGAGCUCCAGUGGGUUGAGUCUAGCCCUCCCUGUGGUAAGCAAGAUGCUACUUCUGCCAUUCCUGCUGGGGCUCUUGGGGCCAGGAAGCCACUUAUUCCUUUCGGGGGAUUGUCAAGAGGUGGCCACUGUCAUGGUGAAAUUCCAAGUGACAGAGGAAGUGCCGUCUGGCACGGUGAUAGGGAAACUGUCCCAAGAACCGGGAGUGGAGGAGAGGCGUGGGAAGGCAGGAGAUGCCUUCCAGAUCCUGCAGCUGCCUCAGGCACUGCCUAUUCAGAUGAACUCCGAGGAUGGCCUGCUCAGCACUUCCAGCCGGCUGGAUCGGGAGCAGCUCUGCCCGCAGCAAGAUCCCUGCCUGCUGUCCUUUGAUGUGCUGGCCAUAAGGGCUUCGGCUCUGAUUCAUGUGGAGAUUCGGGUCCUGGACAUCAACGACCACCAGCCACAGUUUCCCAAGGGUGAACAGGAGCUGGAAAUCUCGGAGAGUGCCGCUCUGUACACACGGAUCCCCUUGGACAGGGCUCUUGACCAAGACACUGGUCCUAACAGCUUGUAUUCCUACUCUCUGUCUCACAGUGAACACUUUGCUCUGGAUGUUAUUGUGGGGCCUGAUGAGACCAAACAUGCAGAACUCGUGGUGGUGAAGGAGCUGGACAGGGAAGUCCACUCAUUUUUUGAUCUGGUGCUGACUGCCUAUGACAAUGGGAAUCCCCCUAAGUCAGGCACCAGCGUGGUCAAGGUCAAUGUCCUGGAUUCCAAUGACAAUAGUCCGGUGUUUGCUGAGAGUUCACUAGCACUAGAAAUCCCAGAAGACACUGCUCCUGGCACUCUUCUCAUAAACUUGACUGCUACGGACCCAGACCAAGGACCCAAUGGGGAGGUAGAGUUCUUCUUUGGCAAACACGUGUCCCCAGAGGUGAUGAACACCUUCGGUGUAGAUGCCAAGACAGGCCAGAUCAUUCUGCGCCAAGCCCUAGACUAUGAGAAGAAUCCUGCCUAUGAGGUGGAUGUCCAGGCAAGGGAUCUGGGUCCCAACUCCAUCCCCGGCCAUUGCAAAGUUCUCAUCAAAGUUCUGGAUGUCAAUGACAAUGCUCCAAGCAUCCACGUCACAUGGGCCUCCCAGACGUCCCUGGUGUCAGAAGAUCUGCCCAGGGACAGUUUCAUUGCUCUUGUUAGUGCCAAUGACUUGGACUCAGGAAACAAUGGUCUGGUCCACUGUUGGCUGAAGCAAGAGCUGGGCCACUUCAGGCUGAAAAGGACUAAUGGCAACACGUACAUGCUGCUCACCAACGCCACACUGGACAGAGAGCAGUGGUCUACAUAUACUCUCACGGUGUUUGCCCAAGACCAAGGACCCCAGCCCUUAUCAGCUGAGCAGGAGCUCCAAAUUCAGGUCGGUGAUGUGAAUGACAAUGCGCCUGUGUUUGAGAAGAGCCGGUAUGAGGUCUCCACUUGGGAAAACAACCCACCCUCUAUUCAUCUCAUUACUCUCAAAGCUCAUGACGCUGACUUGGGCAUUAAUGGGAAAGUGUCAUACCAUAUCAAGGACUCCCCCCUUUCUCACCUAGUAGUUAUUGACUCUGAGACGGGAGAAGUCACUGCUCAGAAGUCACUGGACUAUGAACAGAUGGCAGGCUUUGAGUUCCAGGUGAUAGCUGAGGAUGGAGGGCGACCCCGGCUUGCAUCCGGCAUCUCUGUGUGGGUUAGCCUCUUGGAUGCCAACGAUAAUGCCCCAGAAGUGAUUCAGCCUGUGCUCAGUGAAGGCAAAGCCACCCUUUCAGUGCUUGUAAACGCCUCCACGGGCCACCUUCUGUUGCCCAUCGAGAAUCCCAGUGGCUUGGAUCCAGCACUUCCUGGUACAGCACCAGUGCCUACCCACAGCCCCUGGUCUUUCCUCUUGGUGACGAUUGUGGCAAGAGAUGCAGACUCGGGGGCCAAUGGGGAGCUCCUCUACAGCAUUCAAAGUGGGAAUGAGGCUCAUCUCUUUGUCCUCAGCCCCUCCUUGGGGCAGCUAUUCAUUAACGUCACUAAUGCCAGCAGCCUCGUUGGGAGUCAGUGGGACCUGGGGAUAGUGGUAGAGGACCACGGCAGCCCCUCCUUGCAGACUCGAGUUCUGUUGAGGGUCGUGUUUGUCACCAGUGUGGACCACCUAAGGGACUCUGCUCACGAGCCUGGGGUCCUGAGCACACCCGUGCUGGCAAUGAUCUGCCUGGCUGUACUGCUGGCCAUCCUUGGGUUGAUCUUGGCUCUGUUCGUGUCCAUCUGCCGGACAGAGAAGAAGGAUAACAGGGCCUACAACUGCCGCGAAGCUGAGUCCACGUACCGCCACCAGCCCAGGAGGCCCCAGAAACACAUCCAGAAGGCAGAUAUCCACCUGGUGCCUAUGCUCAGGGCCCAGGAGGAUGAGGCUGAUGAAGUUAGGUCAUCUCACAAGGAUACCAGUAAGGAGGCACUAAUGGAAGCAGGCUGGGACUCCUGCCUGCAGGCCCCCUUCCACCUCACGCCAACCCUAUACAGGACCCUGCGUAACCAAGGCAACCAGGGGGCACUGGCAGAGAGCCAGGAGGUACUCCAGGAUACCUUCAACUUUCUUUUCAACCAUCCCAGGCAGAGGAAUGCCUCCAGAGAAAACCUAAGCCUUCCUGAGUCCCCACCUGCCCUAGGCCAGCCACACUUAAGGCCUCUGAAGGUACCUGGCAGCCCCACAGGGAGGCUGGCUGGAGACCAGGGCAGUGAGAAAGCCCCACAGAGCCCACCAGCCUCCUCUGCAACCCUGAGACAGCCGCGAAAUCUCAACGGCAAAGUGUCUCCUGCGGGAGAGUCCGGUCCUCACCAGAUUCUGAGGAGCCUGGUCCGGUUAUCUGUGGCUGCUUUUGCGGAACGGAACCCCGUGGAGGAGUUUGCUGGGGAUUCUCCUCCUGUCCAGCAAAUCUCCCAGCUGCUGUCCUUGCUGCAUCGGGGCCAAUUCCAGCCCAAACCAAACCACCGAGGAAAUAAAUACUUGGCCAAGCCCGGCGGCAGCAGGACUGCCAUCCCAGACACAGAUGGCCCAGGUAUCAGGCCUGGUGGCCAAGCAGAACCUGACCUGGAAGAAGGCCCCCUAGGCCCUGAGGAGGACCUUUCUGUGAAGCGACUUCUAGAAGAAGAGCUGUCAAGCCUGCUGGACCCCCAUACAGGUCUGGCCCUGGACAAGCUGAGUCCCCCUGACCCAGCCUGGAUGGCGAGACUGUCAUUGCCCCUCACCACCAAUUACCGAGACAACUUGUCUUCCCCUGACGCUGCAGCUUCAGAGGAACCGAGAACCUUCCAGACGUUCGGCAAAACAGCCGGACCGGGACCCGAGCUAAGCCCAACAGGCACGCGCCUGGCCAGCACGUUCGUCUCAGAGAUGAGCUCGCUGCUGGAGAUGUUGUUGGAGCAGCACACGGUGCCAGUGGAGGCUGCGUCCGCGGCUUUGCGGCGGCUCUCGGUGUGCGGCAGGACCCUCAGUCUAGACCUGGCCACCAGUGGGGCCUCGGGCUCAGAAGCACAGCUGAGUAGAAAGAAGGCAGCGGACAGCAGACGUGACUGUGGCAGGAAUCUAUGACCAUGCUUGGUUGGGAGGCCUUUGGAUCCAGGAGCCAGGUCCCCCGGGAGAUAUUAGGGUACUCAGACCUUGAGGAUCUCAGGGAAUGAGCUGAUUUCUAAAAUUGUGGAACUCACUGGCUAGAGACUCUAACUUUAGGGUGACUGAUGCUGUUCCCCACAGAGGAGGACUAACAGGUAACUGGCCAGAGCAGACCUUGUAACAGGGACCCUACGGCUGGGCAUUAUGGAGGACAGGGGCAGCUUUGGGUCUCCCCGAGGAAUUUGUGGUAAAACACAUACAGGGUGUAAAGAGUUGGCCCUCAGGAGGAACAGAUGCCACUGAGCGUAGUAUCAUAAGCAGGAGGGUGGCCUCACUGGAUACUGAAGGCAGAGGGCUGGCUCCUGGGGGAGCCAGGCAAUGUGCUCUCUGACCUACUAAUAAAGGAAAAACUGCAGCUCAUUCUCCUGUUUGCCAGAGUACCAGAGUGAGGGCAAUUUGUCAUCUAAUUCCUGUUGGGUCAUGGCAGGAGUGGGUCACACUGGUUCACAGUGACAGGUACGCAGAUAAUGGACAUGUGUGUUCUUGGCUCCACUCCACUAUGUUAUCCAACAAUAUGCUUCUCAGCUGGAAAAUCAGGACCAAGUAAAGCAAGACUGUAAAUUAGAGUAUUUAUAUGAGCCAGGCAGUAGGCUUUAAUUUGAUUUUUCCCACAAUAGUAGGUUGGUGGUAUACUAUACCCAUUUCACAGAUAUGAAGCUUGGAAAAGUUGAAUGUCUCUCCUGUGGGAGCCUGUUCUCGGGUUCCUCGUGGCUUUACCCAGCAGGUCCACAUAGAGGAUGAAUAGGACCACGGGCCUGAGUGCAGGUGUCUGAGAUGGUCUGCACUUGACUGUGCUGGGGGAGGAGGUCUUUUGCUCCACCCCCUGGCGUCUCUAUAAAAACCCUGGGGCAGAGACAGUCGGGGCCCGUUGGAAAAGGUUCCAGGCUCUCUCGAGGCUAUCCUUUAUUUUCUAUCUGUUUAUCUCCGCGAUAUUCUCCGAAAUAAAUCCUUCUAUCUAAUAUUUCCUGCUGCUCGCACUCAAGAAAACUCUGGGGAACUGUGGGGGUGGUUGGGUAAACGCCCCACACUCUCCCAAGAGUGAGCAGGGAGUAGAUGCAGAGCCAGGAUUUGUGCUCAGGCUGGUCCAACACCAAAGCCCAUGCCAUCAACCGUGGCACUAGAUUGCCAACCGAGGAAUAGAAAAGGAGAAGUCCCUGAGAUGCAGGCUUGCAGAUAGAAGGCAUCCAGGCCCAUAUGACGGCAUGCUUACAAGCACGGGUUCAAAGGAGCUUUGCAUCUGCCCAAUGCCAGUCCUGUCCCUUUCCAGGGAGCAACCCUUCAGAUGCAGAAGUCAUCUUUUCUGACACCCUAGCUGGGGAAAUCUUUCGCUAUUGGCAGGCUUGGGUCUGGGAAUUGAGGCCCCGGAGGAUGGUAUGUGAACUGGGACUAUGAAAUCCAUACUGACAGCAGCCAGGCUUCCAGGGGUGGGAAGAGUGAAGAAAUAGCUAAUCUGUUCCCAAGGCUCUUUGUUUCUGGAAAUUUCCAAGCAGUCACAGCUAAUUUAGGAUAGUAUGGGGGGCUCUCCUGGACACUGGAGGCAGAGAUAGUGUCCGCUUCACUUGUCCUCUUCAGGGCCCAGAAUGCAGUGAUGUUAGUCCAGCUUAUAGAUGAGCAGUAUGAGACCUGAAGAAGUUAAGCAUUUCAGAGGCAAGGUCUGGGUCUCUCAUCACCUCACUCCAGGUCAGAGUGAUCGUACGAGACCUGUGAUUUUUCAAGCUGGUUCACAGAGCGGCUGGGUUCCAGGCCACUGAGAGAGGCCAUGAAAACCAAGCAAGCAGGAGCUCCAGCUUGUCCACCCUGGCACAGUUGACCCUAGAGAUACUUGUUGAGUGGCCAUAUGAAUGAAUAAAUGGGUAAAGAAAUGCUUCAGAGUUGAUGUUUGUUUAUGUUGACACUCCAGGUAGGACAUCAUUGGGGGGAAAUAGUUCUAUGUAAAAGCCAAGUCUAAAGACAGUAGUACAAAAGUAGACCAUGCCGAUCUCACACACACAAGUUACUAGUGGAUUUGCAGGUGGAGGAGAGAUGCAGUGGGGGAUGACCUAGGGAUGCUGGAACCAUGGCUGAGACUCAUCAGAAACACUAAACCAAGCUGGACAGUGGUGGCGCACACCUUUAAUCCCAGCACUUGGGAGACAGAGGCAGGAGGACCUCUGUGAAUCUAGGCCAGCCUGGUGUAUGGAGUGAGUUCCAGGACAGCCAGGGCUACACAGAGAAACCCUGUCUAAAAAAACCUAAAUAAAUAAAUAAAUAAAAUAAAAAUAAAAACAAAAUGGGGGUGGUGGUGAUGCUGGAGAGAUGGCUCAGCCUUUAAGAGCAUUGGCUGCUCUUCCAGAGGUCCUGAGUUCAAGUCCCAGCCACCACAUGGUGGCUCACAGCCAUCUAUAGUGGGAUCUGAUGCCCUCUUCUGGCAGGCAGGCAUACAUGCAGAUAGAGUACUCAUAUACAUAAAAUAAAUACAUCUUAAAAGAAAAAAAAAAAAGACUAAGCCAUUUCAUCUCUCUAGUCCUAAAGACCUGGUCCUUGGCUGCAUACCAGACAAAUCUUUGUACAUAAGGAAUUUUAUCUGAGCAGAAGAUACAAAGUUCUCAUCAGAUUCCCAAGGAAACAUAUGACCUGUAAAAGUUUAUGCAGCAUGGCUUCAAGACACUAAACCAUUUGCAGACCUACAGAGUCUGAACUUUUCAUUGUCUCAACUCUUCACUAGAGCUGAGGAUGACCUUGAAUUCUUGAUCCUGCUGACUCUACCUCCCAAGUACCGGGAUUACCAGUGUAUGACUGUCACAGCUAGCUAGAAACUCCUCAUUUUACAGCCAAGGAUGUGGAGAGACGAAACCACCGGUAACUUGCAGUCAGGAUUUAAUAUAUUCUACAUUACAGUGGGGUUUUUGUUUUAUUUUUUAAACAGGGUCUCACUGUGUAGCCCUGGUGGCCUGGUAGACCAGACUAGCCUUGAUCUCACCGAGAUCUGCUUGCCUCCUGGUCGCAGGGAUUAAGGGCAUGCACCAUUAUGCCUGGCCACUUCAAUUUUCAUUUUCUUUAGCAGGGGUGGGAAGCACACAUACCGCAGGACAGGCCUGUGGAGGUCAGAGGACAACUUGUAGGGGGCCAAUUCUCCCCUUCUACUACAUUGGUUCUAAGGAUCAAGGUCAGGUUGUCAGGUUUGGGGGCAAGCAUCUCUCCUGCUGAGCAACUCUAGACCUCUCUCCUCUUUCUUCCUUUCUCUCAGAUAGUCUCAUAGUAUAACCUAGUCCACCUUGGAACGAACUAUGUAGUCAUGGAUUGAACACUUGGCAAUUCUCCUGCUUCAGCAUCCUGAGUAGUGUUAUUAGCCGUGUUAGCCACUAUACCUGGUUUCCAUCACCGGUUCUUAACCUACGGUGUCUGGGCUUCAGGAUUUAUGAACAGCUAAACUGCAUGCCGAGCAGGGAUGGGAUGCACUCUCCUCUGGGCUGGAAUAAUGCUUUCAUCAAAUUGUCGAAGUGGACUUUGACUUCACUAAGAUUGAGGACCACUGCAGCCCUCUCAGUCUGUCCUCGGCACCCCUGCAGAACCCAGAGAACUCCUGGGCAAUGCUGUUUUGUGGGGGGAUGGGGUGCGAGGGCUGGUGCCGUAUCCUGCGCCCCACGUCCCUUCCUAGCACGCUGACACCAGCACUUUUCCCCGAAAUGGGCUCUGAGCGAGGCAGUACAUAUGGUGACAGAACUGGGUGUGCUGAACAGGAAGGUUACAGAAAUUUCUUGACAUCAGCCAAGAUGUCAAAGCUAAGGCUUUGGACAUAACUUGAAACAGUUUCCACCAAGAUGGGCUCUGUCCCCUGGGAGACAGAGAGAGCAGGCGAGCCAGCAAGCACUCAGUUAAAUGUCGUCUUAAUUUGGAAAGCACAGAGGGACUUUUUUUUUUUAAAUCAAUAGUCAGCCGUUCUCCAGCACCAAGAGUGCAAUGCGGUGUUCACUCAGCCUGGGGGCAGCUCAGAGAUUGACAGGCAGCCUUCCCGUCUGUCACCCAACUUCAGCUUGGCAGCUUGCUGACCCUACCUCUCCUCUGACUGAAACAAGAAUGAGAUGGCAACGCUACCCUUGGGACUCUGGAGGGAACCAAAUUCCCAAAAAAGACAGGAUGGGGGAGGAGGGAGACUCAGGAUAGGAUCAACUUAGCACAUCAUAUUUACCUGCCAAGUAGGUCAGCGUUUUCCAGAUCCUCCUAGGAAUGGUGUAUACUAUGAGGGCAAUACAAACAUCAUGCAAUAAACUUGUCAGGUGAGUCAGAGUCUCUCACUGUAGGCCUUGAACUCAAGGCAAUCCUCCUGCCUCAGCCUCUCAAGUGCUAAGAUCACAGACAUAAGCUAUAUUUUGUAUUGCUUGAAUAAUUUCUACGUGUCAGAAGUAGCAUAAUGAUCAUAGAGAGGGGAAAGGCAUAAUCAUUCAUCCAUCCACAAAACAAUUACUUAAAGCACCUACUAUGUGUAGGCUUGUUGCUGGGCACAGAGCAGAUGUGUUGAACACACCUUCGCUGAGCAUCUACUAAGUUCCCUGCACUCUAUCAGCAACAAGGACCUAACGAUCUGAACGGUUGUGUUCCCACCACAGCAUCAGGGCUUCCAGGACAGAGCAUCGGUCCAGCUUCGCUCAAAGGUCUCAUGGCUGAAGAACUGGUUCCAUGGCUAGGCUUGGAACCCUGUAUCCCCUGGCACACAAGCCUCACUGGCCCUGCUGUGGGGCCACCUCCCUGCUCUGGUCUUACAUUGUCCCUCAGGGCACUGAUGAGUCAUGACUAGAAUUCUAAUGGCAGAAUGUCCAUAAAGAGACUGGCAGAGACUGAAUUGAGGCCACAACGCCUGCACAGUCUGUUUGACCCCCCAGAUAACGUCUCUUAUGACUUCUACCCUUCCCUCUCCCCAGGCAGAGGCUCUUCUGAGGCUGGAUUGUUUAGAAAUACCCCACCUCAACUUGGGUACCCAGACAGUUUCUGUGUUUAACUCAGCAGGGACUGAGUGGGAGUGAGAACCACAUGGCACCAUCUCAGCAGGACACCUGGAUCCACUGUCUGACCGACGCGGUUGGGGAAGCAAGGGGGGCUUGGGGGACCCAAAUGACUUAACAGCUGCUGGGUGAGACUCCCGAGAAUGCUGUGGUGACAUUCCUCAAGGCACCCAGGAAGGCUUGGUUUUACUGCAGGGCUCCCUGGAGCUCACGCUGCUGACGUGUGCGGUGAGUCUAUAAAAAGGGGCCAUCUGGGGCAGUGCUUCCCAAAGGUACUCGACCACAGAAACCUUUCUUAUUUGUUUAUUUUUGCCAUAGUGGUUAGUGUACUGCAGGGCUUCAAACUCCAAACACGGAGCCCACAUCUUGCUUGGGACACUGCUCUAAGUGCUGGGAUAUGACCGGGUGCCCACGGCUGAGGAGUACGGCCUGUGGAGGGCAUCAUAGAAGGUGCCCAGUAGGGGUGAGGAUGGUAUCAUGGCAAAUCCGGGAGGGAAGCAGGGAGCAGGGGAGGCACUGGGGCUUCAGGGGAAGGAAGGUGCUGGAACAGCACAGCUGAGACCACACAGAAGUUAGGAGAGGCAGGGGUGGGCAGCAGCAGGAAAUGUGAACACUUAUCCCUCGAAAACCCUCCCAUCUCAGAACAGACCAUGCUGGCUGGGCGAGGAAACAGUCACAGGGUGGGGUGAGGUGGGGGGAGGGCUGGUCCUCAGUUCCUCCCACCCCCUACCCACAGCCACGUUUCUGCUAUUGAACUUGGGCUAAUUUCCAGAAGCCAGGGAACAGCUAUUCACAAAUUCAGUAAUUGGAGUCAUUAGCGUUGACUCAGAAGUCAUUUUUUUUUCUAAGUCUCUCUCUUGGAGAGCUUUUAAGACCCUUUAAAUUGGUUAAUGGAGAGUUUAGAGAUGAGGAUGGAGCCUUAGCUUUCAGCCCCCCCUGCCCAUCUCCCUGGCUCUCCCCAACACACUCAAGGGCAAGAGUGAGGAGAUAAUCCACCAUCUGUUUUAUUAAACACUUGUAUAUUCCUACCCGACCUUUCCCAAAAAGGACUCACAGUCUCGACUCUCUGACUCCAAGACUCCAGGUCCUAAUCUCUACUGACACCCCCACACCUGCAGGGUGAUGAUGAUGUUUCCAAACAACACUACAGUGGGAACUGGGAGACCGGAAGCCUGGGCUGGAGUCAUGAUGUCAGCUUCGAUCUUCAUCCAGGUCUCUCUCUCUCUAUUUUUUUUUUUUUUUUCUUGUUUCGUUCUUGUUUUUUGCUUUUUGAGACAGGGUUUCUCUAUGUAGCCUUGGCUGUCCUGGAACUCACUUUAUAGACCAGGCUGGCUUUGAACUCACAGACAUCCCCCUGCCACUGCCUCUUAAGUGCUGGGAUUAAAGGCACUCGAAUCACGCCUGGGGGCCUGGUGACUCUUUUUGUUUCUUUGUUUUGUUUUGUUUUUCGAGACAGGGUUUCUCUGUGUAGUUUUGGUGCCUGUUCUGGAUCUCACUCUGUAGACCAGGCUGGCCUUGAACUCACAGAGAUCCACCUGGCUCUGCCUCCCAAGUGUUGGGAUUAAAGGUGUGUGUCACCACCACCCAGCCCCUGGUGACCUUUAAGGCCAUAGAACUAUGGGCAUCACUCUACCUUCGGGCACCUAAGCAAGAACUCAGGCCCUUUCUGCAGUGAAAUGGCUGUACCUCAGUCCUUUGAGGCAGGAAGGCACAUGCUACUGUCCUUGGUCUACAAUUGAGAAAAUAAUGUUAGAAAAUCAGGUCACUGCUUCCAGGUGGCACAGCCAGGCCAGUGGCAGAGCCAGAACCUAGGUCUUUACACGCUUCUUUAUGGUACUGAAGGUUCCAGGAAGGUGAGUGGCUAACUGGCCUCUUCUUUGGGAUUCAAGUUGUGACAUCUCUAAGAACUCUUGGGCUCCAUCUUUCAGGUGGAAGUCUGAAGAAAAUUCAAACAGACACAUGUAAGCAUUCAGGCAACCACUCCCUUCCACAUCAAAGACGAAGAUGAUCAUUGAGUCCUUUGGGGAUGAACAUGGCGAGAACGUUGUCAACACUCAGGAUUUCCCAAGCAUCAGCCACUCGUGGGAACACCUCCACAUUUCUGUUAUCUUCUGGAU